UAACCAGUGUACCAAAAGCCUGUCAAAUGACACCAACCCGUAGCAUCCAUAGAUAAGAAAAGAGAGUAAGCAGCGACAAUCAUUGCUCACCUCAACAACCUUGAAUCUGGAAAUUCGGUCGGUCAUGGGUGGUGGAACCAUGCCUCAGCGUCCUUCUGUGCCUCAGUUAAGCUCAAAUCUAGAAAAGCUUUCUCCUCCGCCGCCAUCUUCAUCUUCAUUUUCUUCUCCUAAUCAUCUCAAGCCUCCAAACGCAAACACUACCUUAUCUACUUCUAUCUCUCGAAGCAAUAAACCUAGUAGAGAGCUUAUGCCGGUGGAUCCGAAAGAAGUAGCCAAAAAAGCCAAUAGUAGUCUCUACGAUCACGUCUUUGAAACGGUUCCAUCUCAACGGGAAGUUGAGGAUGCCAUAUCAGCUCUUCUAAAUUUUAUAGAAGUGGUAUCAUCCUCGAGCUCAGAUCGACAAAUCACAAGCUCUUCUGAUUCGAGGAUAUUUCUGUCUGAGGGAUAUAAACGAUUAUAUGAUGCAAUCCAGUUGCUGCAAACUGAUCCAUCAAUUAAGAGAUUAGUGGUGUCGCUGUCAUCUGAUAAAGCUAUUUGGGAUGCUGUCAUGAGCCAUGUGCGGCAUCAAAAGCUCCUAGAGAUGCCUGAUUCAGAUGAGAACAAGACGCCUCAGAAUUCUGAAGAAAAUGAGCUCGCCAUGUAUCUGUUAAGCUGGAUACUACAACUCAUAAAAGGAAAGGUCUGGGAACUGAUAGAAAACUUCCAGUCACUGGUAAAUGAUUUCUUUCAUUCUCCAAAGACGCAACACGUAGAUCCGGCAGUGCUGCACGAGAAACUCAGGUCAUCUCUGCUUCUCUGCAUUGUAAUCCUCUUGAUCGUGAUCAUGGCGCGAUUGGAAAGAUCUUAGGAAAUGUGGUUCAUCAGAUGUCUCACAUUCUUGGGAAUAUUGUGCGCUGGGGAACCUUAUUUCUAAGCCAAAAAUCAUAGAAUGUAAAACAUUUCAUGAACUACGCACACCUUCUGAUUGGUGUGUGAACAUGCAAGAGUAGUUUCAUUCGUGGCUGUUGAUUUCGAUUUGUUUGGACAAUCUUGACAUCUUGCACAAUCUUUUGCCUCAUUCGUGUCACAACUUUUUCUUGUACAUAAGACACUAGUCUGUCGCCCGAGACAUUUGAGAGUGUAUGUAUUAGCUUUCUCAUUGUAUUCAA